AUGUCCGGGGACCACUCCAAUCCGACCAAAGCUGACCCAAAGAAGCAAACUGGGACGUCAGAAAAGAGGAAUGCCUUUACCGAACUCCUGGCUCCUAAAAGCAAGCAAUCCAAACACGCGACUAAAACCCCGUCUGAUCGCAAUGCGGCCAAGGGCAGGACUGCAUUUGGUGUUCGCGAUGGACUAGGCACCUACAUCACAAAGCCUGAGAAAUAUGCUCCCGAUGUCGUGGUCUACCACAAUGACGAUUUUGUGGCGAUCCACGACAUGUUCCCAAAGUCAUCGUUGCACCUCCUCCUUCUCCCCCGCGACCAGACCAAAACACGAAUGCACCCAUUUGAUGCAUUUGAGGAUGCCGACUUCCUAGCAAAAGUGAGGGCCGAAACUCGAACACUUCGCAAGCUGGCAGCGAGCGAGCUGCGACGCAAAUAUGGGAAGGACUCUGCGCAGGAGCAGGCGAGACAGACGGCACUGAGCGCCGAUCCGCCGCCCGACGAGCUACCGCGGGGUCGGGACUGGGAACAGGAGAUUAUGGUUGGGGUGCAUGCAGUUCCAUCUAUGAACCACUUGCAUGUCCAUGUAUUAUCGGUGGAUAGGUAUAGCGAGCGCUUGAAGCACCGGAAACACUACAAUAGCUUUUCGACACCAUUCUUCGUGCCAAUCGAGGACUUCCCGCUGGCGGAAGAUGAUGUGCGACGGAAUCCGACGGAAGAGGAGUACCUAAAACGAGACUUUGCUUGCUGGCGCUGUGGUAGGGGGUUUGGGAAUCGGUUUGCGGAAUUGAAGCAACAUCUGGAGGGGGAAUUUAAAGAAUGGAAGAAACUGUGA